GAAUACGAUUGCCUCAUGUGUUCUGUAAAAUCAUAAUACCUAAAUACACUCCUUUUUAUUUGCGGCCGUUUGGUAAAAAGAGGUCAUUAACAAAUCUUAUUAAAGUCUGUCCUGUCUGAACUCUUGCUUCAAGAUAAGAUAAUAAUAGGGGCUUAUAUAAUUUACGGUAUUUGAUAACAAAUGUAACAUUGCAUAUAUAGAUAAAUGACAGUCUCUAUCUUGCUCACGAGCCGGACGUAUGUAUUUCAUAAAAUAAGUACUAAAAUGAAUUCCAUUUACGAUCGUGCUCUAUAUGAAGUUGGACCAAAUGGAACUUUUCAAAAGAAGUUUGAUUGGUUCUAUAACUUCUUGUUUGCUGCGUUUUGGGGAAUGACUUACAUGAAUAUAUUUUUAGCUCUUGUUGUAAUUCCACAUAGAUGUGAAAUACCGAAAAAUACUGAAAAUAUUAGUGAAAUCUCGUGGAAAUCUAAGUAUAUUCCAACAUCCAACGAUACCUCAGGGAAAAUUAUAUUUAGCAGUUGCGAGAUGUUCAUAAAACCAGGCGAAAAGUAUUUAACUAAAGCAUGUGAUAACUACCAUUACGACCAAACUUGGUAUGAAACUACCGUUCCAUCCUCUUUUAACUGGGUUUGUGAAGAUGAACUAAAAGUAGCACAUAUCAUGACUUACAGUAAAUCUAGUGAAAUAGCUGGCUCACUAUUUUUUGGAUGGUUUGGUGAUAUAUUUGGCCGACGCUUAACGUAUAUUAUUUCCCUGGCAUUGAUAAUAUUUGGCCGUGCAAUAUCUAUAGCGUCUAGUUCAUUUAUUUUAUUUGUUGCUGGUUGUGUUAUUGCAUGGUUUCCAUCGUGGUCUGUAGUACAGAGUGCUACCGUAAUAUCGAUGGAGAUAUCGUCACCAGAACGUCGUAGUACAACAGCCACAUUACGAUGUAUAGGCAACAGCGUCGGAAUGUGCAUAAUGUCACUAUUGUAUUGGUGGCUCCGCGACUGGAAAUCUUUUAUGAUAGUGACUACAUUACCCACCUUGCCAUUUCUAAUGAUUUCAUGGAAAAUGAUUGAAUCUCCAAGAUGGCUUUGGAUUCAAGGAAGAUCUAAAGAGUGUAUCAAAGAAUUGAAAGUAAUCGCUGAGAUUAAUAAAUUGAAACUCGAUUCAGAUACAGAAAAAGAAAUUUUAAACAUUGGAUCAAUAAGAAGUUUGCCUGCACAACAACAGCUUGGGCCAUUAGCUUUAUUUUCUGGAUGGAGACUAGCAACUAAUACAUUGUUACAGUUAUAUUUGUGGGUAUCUGUAUCAUUAAAUUACUCCAUGCUGAUAAUGAGAUCUGGGGAAAAAUCUGACGGUAAUCCAUUCUCGGAAUUUGCUUGGCAAUCAUUAGCUGAAAUGCCAGGAACCUUCGUAGGGGCUUGGCUGGCAGAUCGUAUAGGUCGCCGAUAUACAGGUUCUGUCUCAUAUACAUUGAUGACUUUCUUGUGGAUGAUUAUUGCACUUAGAGAAAUAAGUACAAACGAUUGGAUACAGUCAGGAUUUGUUGGAACAGCGAUGGUCGUUAUUAAUAGACUAGCAACAUCUUCAUCUUAUUACAUAAUAUAUUUGUUCAACAUGGAGUUGUAUCCUACUUGUCUCCGGCAGUCAGGAAUGUCGUUAGGAAAUGUAUUAUCUAGCGGUGGCGGUGCAAUUGCACCAUAUCUUAUGUAUCUGGGGCGUAACAUCGAUUCUCGAGUACCGUGUGUAAUAUUAGUGGGAGUUUCUGUCGUUGGAGUCAUUGCAUCUCUCUUGUUGCCUGAAACAUUAAAUGCAAAAUUACCUGAAACUUUAAAAGAUGCUCAAGAAUUCGGAAAUAAAAAAAAUCGAAGAAGCCAUAUUAUUUAAAAUUAUAUUAUUCGUUCUAUAUUUAGUUCACUGCAACGAAUGAGUGUUUGUAUAAUUUUAGAAAUACCUACUGUAAAUGCUGUAAAUACAAAUAGCUUCAUCCUCA